AUGAGAGUACCGUUCCUUUCCUAUGCGGCCUUUGCUGUCACCGUGCAGGCACAGCAACUAUACCUGACGACAACCGGUCACUCCGUACAGCCGCAAUGUACCCAGUCAAACGUGACCCCGGACUACAGAUUCAACCCCUUCUCGUACACACUGAACGAGACAGUCCGUUAUGCAACAUCGAUUCCCUCCCCGACAACAACUCGGACUUACGCCUCUGCCUAUACAGACGUUGCCAAGCACUUGUCUACUAGCUGGUCAACAACAACGUGGGGUAGCUGGGUUCCCGGAAAUACCGAUAUCAGUGCCACCGACUCGGACGACCCGUAUGGACAAGCUGCGUGGUCCUCAAUGUGGAAGCAGGCCGACCUUCAUAAUUAUACUACCACUGGCAUGUUUUCAACAACCGUCAGUCCCACUCCUGUCCCUAGCAGUGAGCUGGUGUUGCCCCCACAGGACUACUUCGGACCCACGGACUGUUACAAGUUCCCCAAAGACUUUGUUUUCGGCGUUGCAGGCAGUGCGGCCCAGAUUGAAGGUGCUAUUGCGCUGGAUGGUCGCGGUCCUUCGUUGCUAGAGAAGCUAGUUCCCGACAGCAAGCCCAAGGAUUUUGUGACCAAUGAGAACUACUUCUUAUAUAAACAGGAUAUUCAACGCCUGGCUGCUAUGGGGGUGCAAUACUAUAGUUUCACCAUCCCCUGGACGCGAGUUCUACCGUUCGCUCUUCCCGGAACGCCGGUCAAUCAGCAAGCCAUUGACCAUUACGAUGAUUUGAUUGACACAGUCCUUGAUGCUGGGAUGACGCCGGUCGUUACCAUGCUUCAUUUCGACAGUCCCUUGAUGUUCGUCGCUGGUGACAACAUCACGAAACAUCCUGACAUUGGCUACAACAACGCUGGCUAUCAAAACGAGACGUUUGUCGAUGCAUUUGUGAAUUAUGGAAAGGUUCUUCUUUCUCACUAUGCAGACCGAGUCCCGAUCUGGGUGACAUUCAACGAGCCUCUUUUGUACGCGUUUAAUUUCAAAGGUGCUGAUCAUGUCAUCAAGGCACAUGCUCAGGUGUAUCGGUUCUACCAUGAAGAAUUGAAAGCGACCGGCAAGAUAGGUAUCAAGUUCAACGAUAACUUUGGGGUGCCGAAAGACCCAAGAAACUCCAGCCACGUACUUGCAGCCGAUCGCUUCCAAGAAAUGCAAUUGGGCAUAUUUGCAAACCCCAUAUUUUUGGGCAAGCAGUAUCCUGAGUCUGUGUUAAAAACACUCCCAGGGGCCAAGCCACUGAGCAAAUCGGAGUUGAAAUAUAUCAACCACACGUCCGACUUCUUCGGUAUCGACCCCUACACUGCAACAGUCGUCUCACCUGCUGUUGAGGGAAUCCAUAAUUGUGCAGCCAACUCUUCGAGCUCGAAUUCGCUUUUCCCCUAUUGUGUCAACCAAGAAACCAAAAAUGUCUACGGAUGGAACAUUGGCUAUCGCUCGGAUUCUUAUGUCUAUAUCACACCGACAUAUUUCCGCGAGUAUCUUUACUAUCUGUGGAAUACUUUCCGACACCCGAUCCUCGUAUCCGAGUUUGGUUUCCCGGUUUACGCCGAGGCAGAGGCAGAAGAGCUUUCUGAUCAGCUGUUCGAUUCUCCACGGAGCCUCUACUAUCUGUCAUUCAUGUCAGAGAUUCUCAAAUCGAUAUAUGAAGAUGGUGUCCACGUUAUGGGAGCACUUGCUUGGAGCUUCGUCGACAAUUGGGAGUUUGGAGACUACGCGCAACAGUUUGGUAUUCAAAGUGUGAAUCGCACGACACAGCAGCGACACUACAAGAAAAGCUUCUUCGAUUUGGUAGAUUUUGUCAGAACGAGACAGCCCAAGGAGGAAUGA